CUACUCGUCUCUCUCUCUAUCUCUCUAAAAGGACGCCCCAUCUGCGGCCCAAUUCUUCCGCCGAAUUCCCUCGCUCAUCCUCUCCCAGUCUUCGGUCCCCUUCUUCUCCACCUCCUUCACCAAACCCUAGAUUCCAUUCCGCUGCCGCUACGAUGCCGGGCCUCGUCGCCCCGCCGGAAGCGCCGCCGCUCCGGGUCGACGUUCCCGACGACGGAGCCUCCCAGAUCCGCCGUACCGCCGACGAUCCCGACCCGCCACGGGAACCCAGGGUGGCGUCUCCGGGCCCUAAGAAGACUCCCUCGCCGACGCCCGGCUCCUCCCGCGUCAGGUCCGCGGAGCGCGGAUCUUCCUCUGCCGGCAAGCGGCGCCUCUCCCUGGAGAGGCCUGGUUCCGCCGCUAGCGCAGCGGGGAGCGCGCUGCGGGAUCUGCCGGCUGUGAUGGACGAGACGGCGCUGGACAACCCGGAUCUGGGGCCGUUCCUGCUGAAGCUGGCGCGGGGGGCGAUCGUGUCCGGAGAGGGGCCGAGCAAGGCGCUGGAGUACGCGAUCCGGGCGUCGCAGUCGCUGGAGCGGUGUGGGGGAGAAGAGAGGCGGCUGGAGCUGGCGAUGAGCCUGCACGUAGCGGCGGCGAUCUAUAGUGGCCUGGGGCGGCACGAGGAGGCGGUGGCGGCGCUGGAGCGGGCGGUGGCUGCGACGGAUCCCGCGCUUGGGCCCGACCACGCUCUAGCCGCUUUCUCCGGAUACAUGCAGCUGGGGGACACCCACGCCGUGGCUGGGCGGAUGGAGCAGUCCAUCGUCUGCUACACCAAGGGGCUGGAGAUCCAGAUCGAGGCGCUCGGAGAUGGCGAUCCCAGGGUCGCCGAGACCUGCAGGUACUUGGCGGAAGCCCACGUCCAAGCGAUGCAGUUCGAAGAAGCGGAGAGGCUGUGCCGCAAGACCCUGGAGAUCCACCGUGAGCACAGCCCCCCGGCUUCCCUGGAGGAGGCCGCCGACCGCCGCCUCAUGGCCCUCAUCUGCGAGGCCAAGGGCGACCACGAGUCCGCCCUCGAGCACCUCGUCCUCGCCUCAAUGGCCCUCAUCGCCAACGGCCAGGACGUUGACGUUGCGGCCGUCGACGUCGGCAUCGGCGACACCUACCUCGCCCUCGCCCGCUUUGACGAGGCCGUCUUCUCGUACCAGAAAGCCCUCACCGUCUUCAAGUCCACCAAGGGUGACAACCACCCCUCCGUUGCUGCCGUCCUCGUCCGCCUUGCCGACCUCUACUACAAGACCGGCAAGCUUCGCGAGUCCAAGUCCUACUGCGAGAACGCCCUGAGGAUCUACGCCAAGCCUGUGCCGGGCUCCUCGAACGAGGAUAUCGCCGGAGGGAUGAUGGAGAUCGCCGCCAUCUAUGAGGCGAUGAACGAGCCUGACGAGGCACUGAAACUGCUACAGAAGGCUCUUAAGCUGAUGGAGGAUGCGCCGGGGCAAUGGAGCACGGUGGCAGGGAUCGAGGCUCAGAUGGGCGUGAUGUAUUACAUGGUUGGCAAGUACGGUGAGGCGAGAAGCUCAUUCGAAAGUGCUGUGGCCAAGCUGAGGGCCAGUGGGGAGAGGAAAUCGGCCUUCUUUGGAGUUUUGCUGAACCAGAUGGGGCUGGCGUGCGUGCAGCUGUUUAAGAUCGACGAGGCAGCCGCGCUGUUCGAAGAAGCGAGGGCAGUACUGGAGCAAGAAUGUGGGACGUCUCACCCGGACACCCUUGGAGUGUAUAGCAAUCUUGCAGCGACUUACGAUGCCAUGGGAAGGGUGGGAGAAGCAAUUGAGAUUUUGGAGCAUGUGCUCAAGCUAAGGGAGGAAAAGCUUGGCACAGCAAACCCUGAUGUAGAUGAUGAGAAGAAAAGGUUAGCUGAGCUUUUAAAAGAAGCUGGCAGAUCCAGGAACAGGAAACCCAAGUCCCUCGAGAACCUGUUGGUCACUAAUUCACAGAGGAUCAGGAAGGAGGUCACGAGGAGGUGGUCAGGCUUGGGUUUCAAGAGUUGAGAGAAAGGCGAACCUCCCACCGGCUUGCUUCCUUGUAACAUAAAAAAAAUGUGUUUGUAAAGAAGUUCAAUAUAGGAGGAAUAUGGUGGUCUCUUGCUGUUUGAGCCUCUCAACUUUCCAUUUUCCUUUCAUGUUUUUAUUCUUUUUACCUUUCUUCAAUCUUUUGGAUGAUUUGAUAUUUCAUGUAUGAGACAUGUGAAGCUGUUGUCGUGAACAAUUCUCUUCUGCCAGUGAAUAAAUAUUCCUUUCGGCCGUCCUUACAAGGAUA